UUGGACCAGUGUUUAGAUACUGCAGGAGAAGAGGCUGGGUGCGAUCCACACUCAUUAUGUCUGUUCCACAAACAAGUACUUCUAAAGGGAAAGUCAUGCUUAAAGAGUAUAGUGGACGUAAGGUUGAAGUAGAGCACAUUUUUAAAUGGAUAACUGCUCACGCGGCUUCUCGGAUCAAAACCAUUUAUAAUGCUGAACAUCUGAAAGAAGAAUGGAACAAAAGUGAUCAGUACUGGGUAAAAAUAUACCUUUUUGCAAACCUUGACCAACCGCCAGCUUUCUUCUCUGCACUAAGUAUAAAAUUUACUGGAAGAAUUGAAUUUAUUUUUGUUAAUGUGGAGAAUUGGGACAACAAGAGUUAUAUGACAGAUAUUGGUGUAUAUAACAUGCCAUCAUACAUACUUAGAACUCCUGAAGGAAUUUACAGAUACGGAAACCACACAGGUGAAUUUAUAUCUCUUCAGGCCAUGGAUUCUUUUUUGCGCUCAUUACAACCUGAAGUAAAUGACCUGUUUGUUUUGAGCUUGGUUCUAGUUAAUCUUAUGGCUUGGAUGGACUUAUUUAUUACUCAAGGAGCUACCAUCAAGCGAUUUGUGGUUCUCAUAAGCACUUUAGGGACAUACAAUUCCCUGUUAAUUAUUUCCUGGCUGCCUGUAUUGGGCUUUUUACAGCUCCCUUACUUGGAUAGCUUUUAUGAAUAUAGCUUAAAAUUGUUAAGGUAUUCCAAUACAACCACAUUGGCUUCGUGGGUAAGGGCCGACUGGAUGUUUUAUUCCUCACACCCAGCCCUGUUUCUUAGUACGUACCUUGGACAUGGUUUACUAAUUGACUACUUUGAGAAGAAGAGACGGCGCAGCAACAAUGAUGAAGUCAAUGCCAAUAACUUAGAAUGGUUAUCGAGCCUGUGGGACUGGUACACCAGCUACCUCUUCCACCCGAUUGCUUCUUUUCAGAACUUUCCUGUAGAAUCUGAUUGGGACGAAGACCCCGACUUAUUCUUGGAGCGGUUAGCUUUCCCUGACCUUUGGCUUCACCCUCUGAUACCAACUGAUUACAUAAAAAACUUACCAAUGUGGCGAUUUAAGUGUCUUGGAAUCCAGUCUGAAGAGGAAAUGUCAGAGGGUUCUCAAGAUACUGAGAAUGACUCAGACAGUGAGAACACAGACACUUCUAGCAGUGAGAAGGAAGCAUUUGAAGAUAAACAGGGCAUAGUUCACAAUUCUCCAGGAAGAGCAAGUCACUGUGAUGUUGAGGCUUGUUCAUGUGCCAAUAAGUAUUGUCAGACCAGCCCCUAUGAAAGAAAGGGGCCAUACUAUGGAUCCUAUAGCACUAGUGAAGAUAUGGAACCUGAUUGGUUAGCUUGGCCUACUGAUAUGCUGCACUGUACUGAAUGUGUUGUUUGCCUAGAGAAUUUUGAAAAUGGAUGUUUGCUAAUGGGGUUGCCUUGUGGUCAUGUGUUCCAUCAGAAUUGCAUUGUGAUGUGGUUGGCCGGAGGCCGACACUGUUGCCCUGUUUGCCGGUGGCCUUCUUACAAGAAAAAGCAGCCAUAUGCACACCAGCCCUUGUCAAAUGAUGUCCCAUCUUAACCAUGUGCAAUUUGUCCUUUAUAAGCUUUGGGUACCUUACAGCUUGCCUUUUUAAUGUUAGUCACAUGUUUUUGUGGUUUGAAGUUUAGUUUAAUGUUAGUGCAGUGACAGGAAAUACACAUUAUGCUAAUGUUGAUGACUGAAUUUAUUGGUUGCCUUGUAUGUCAAUUGAAUGCAUACUUAAUUGUAAAAAUUUUAUUUACAACAUUGGAAAUUCAGAAGUUAAUGUUUUUUGUAAGCACAAAAGAAGUAUGAUAGAAAUUUAUCCUAGUAAAACUUUACAAAGUAGGAUCAAAUUCUUACGGAAUUGAGCUGGUUUCUUAUCCUAAAUGUUUCCUCCCUUUUUACAAUCUCUGUUCAGCACCUCUUGGUUAAAUAAUGUAUGCUCUGAGACAUGAAAUUUAAACAGACCUAUGAAAUAAAUUAUUUUAAAACCAGAAGA